AUGAAGCACUCGAGGCGAGCGAGUGGCUCGAGUGUCACUUCGAUCGCGAGCGAUUCGUGUUCCAGGUGCAAGGGGAUGUGUCCGACGAAAAUGCGGCUCGCGCUACUGCUGCUCUGCUCUCUGUUCGGGACAGGAGCCUCCAUACAGCUUCUAAGGCUAGAUGUGCCGAAGAUGGCGGACCCAAGAUGGGAGAAGGUGAUACUAAAAUGCGAGUACGAUCUGGGCGGUGAGGAUUUGUAUUCUGUCAAAUGGUACAAGGACGGGGCUGAGUUCUUCAGGUUCAUGCCAGGCUCGAGACCUCCUGGCCGUAAUUUCUCCGUUGAUGGAAUAUACGUUGACGUGAACAAGAGCGACAGCAAACAGGUGACGCUGUUGGGACAGGCGAACAAUCGAAGAGGUAAGGUGAACCUCAUGGGAUCGUACGGUUGCGAGGUGUCCUCGGAGGGGCCCAGUUUUCUUACGAUCUACGGCGAGGCAAACAUGAGCGUUGCUAUCCCGCCAAAGGAACGACCCAGUCUGCGCGGUCUUCGACCGUCUUACGAAGUGGGUGAGACACUCCAAGUGGAAUGCAGUUCCGCGGCCAGCUACCCUCCAGCCCAGCUCGUCUUUAUCCUCAACGGGAAAGAGGUGAACAAAGUGUUGACCAGAGAAUUGCCAAGCUCAGCCUCCUCAGAGGAUAACAUCGUAUCCUCGACGCGACUAGGGCUGACUCUACGCCUGGAACGACACCAUUUCCCUGGAGGAACUUUGAAUCUCAGCUGUCAGUCCACUUUGCCAGGGAUCAUGGACGCGAGGGCGCUUGAGAGAACGGAAACCGCAACGUUGGCCGCCAGCAAUCAACGACUGGCGCAAGAACCGCCUAGAUCCGGAUGCAUCGUAAACCUUCCAUCCCUGUUCGUCAUGACCUGCUGUUUCUUACUGCGAUCGUUUAAUCACGGUAUAUUAGCACUUUCUUAUGUUUAACCUACGACCAGUUGGAAAUCGCCACUGGAGCUCGUUCGAUCGUUCUGGGAUCACUUUGUUCGGUAAUGUUGCUUUACAGGUUUGGGUAUACUCUGAUUGAAAUAUAAAUAAAAAUAUUGUAUCGUUUUAGAUGCUUUAUUAGUUUUAUUUUGGAAUUAAUUAAAUGUUUAAAAGUAACAUAAGAACUAUUUUGUGUCAAAAUUCGAUAAUUGUAUAUUUUAUGUUUUAGUCAAUUCUUUCAAACAAAAGUAUAAACAAUUUGGAUUUUAAUAUAAAAUUGAAUUUUAAAUGGCAUGUGUUUGAAACUUAUGUGGUACAACUAGAUUGUUAUAUAACAAGAUAUAUAACAAGAUUUGCAUCCAGAGUAAUUUUAUAUCUAAUUAUAUUUUAAUAAUACGUAUUUGAAAAAUUAUGAAAUAAUCGGUUCUCGAAUAUUUUAUUUACAUAAAACAUAUUCACGACUAUCAAUCGAAUAUGCCCAAGUUUGUUGCCUCUCAAAUAUCGAAAGAAGCCAAAAGAUCCAACUUUUCUUCACUGCUAGUGUGUGAUUUCGUUUCUCCUGCGGAAGCUCUCGUUGAUAUUUCGUGCGAGCAAUUUUUAAAAAAUUUCCUUAAUUUUUCAAUGCAACUGAAGACUAAAAAAAAUUAGAUUUCAUUAGCCUUUUUAAAUUUUAGGCCGAUAUUAGUCAGGAAAAUAACUUUUUUUUAAUUCUUCGCUAUCACUGUGAAAUUUAUCGUAUCACAGAAAAUUGCUCGCAUUAGACGUUUUUUCGGUCACAUUCGCGGGCAAAACUUUUUUCUUAACUUUUCACUGACAAAGAGAAAAUCUUACAAAAAGAAGAAGAGACAAAAUUACUGUUGCUAGGCUUUUUGAAUUCGUUUGUUAGGCGAAAAUUAGCCUCGAAACGAAUUUUUUCUUCACUGCCACCAUGAAAUUUCGUUGCUCAUGCAGAAAAGACUCUUGUUAAAAAUAAUUCCACGAAGGAAUUUUACGUACACGCAUGUAAUAUGUUAAUAUACGUGUGAAUAAAUGCAUAGGAUGGAUAAAGUACGUGAAGUAUAUGAUUCAAGUAUAUCGAUGGUCAUGUAGAGGAGAUGGAAAGCGAAGAUGAAAAAGCUCUAUAGCAAUAUAAUUUAAUUGAAACAGCGAGUCGUUUACGCAAGACGCGACAUUGUACAUAGUGUAUGAUUGUGAAUUAGAUUUAUGACGGUGUGUAAUUAAAAAAAAAGAGAGGGUGGGUCGGGGUAAACACGGUGAAAGUAAGCAGGAGAAUUCAUUAGGAUCUCGAUGAGGAUGAAGUGAUAUCACAAUCACGCGACGUGUGAUUCGUUUUACGAAUAUUAAAAAAUAAAGCGAGAGAGUGAUUGGUAUCGAACGACAAAAGGCAUAAAUUUGAAUCGAUUGGCGGUUGAAGUAUAGGGUGAUUCACGUUUAUGGCGUUCGGGAUAAUUGAACUGUUCUUUUUUUUCUCUUGGAUCUCUCGACGCAUCCUUUUUGGUGGCGUACAAGAAUUUAUAUAUACAUACAUAAAUAUAUUAUAUAUAUACAUAUACGUAUAUGUAUACACGAUGAUGAAUUCGUCAUAUUUACGUUUUACUGUAAUUUUACAUGAUCCAUAUCUGAUCGUUAUGACAUUUCAAACAAUAAAGAGGAACAUCAGGCAGAA